UCCCUGUAGCCUGAGACCGAGUCAGUCUGUCCUCCAGCCGGGCAGGUUCCACAGUUGCUCUCCUCUCUCUGCCCACUUCACAGGUGAACUCCCCGGGCUGCGUUAAAGAGAGGCUCCGCGCUGAGAGGACCAGAGAGGAAACACCGGAGGUUCCCCCUCACAGCCACUGGCAUUAAAUUCUAGUCGCGUUCAAAGAAAAAAGGGCAGGAAUUAAACCACUGAAUGUCCUUGAGAGGAGCCCCGGUCCUCUCAGUGUGUUGCCUCCACGCCUCCCUCUCCGCUUCCUAUAUUGUCUUUCUUGUCUGUUUCAACGCGCUGAUCUGCUCAAACCUGAGGGCAGCAUGACAGGAGGACUGAAGGACGGCAACACAGAGGAGGAGUUUCUGCAUUCGCCGUUCAUCCGAAAACAAGGGAACAUAUACAAACCCAACAAUAAAGACAUGGACAACGACAGUCUGAACGAGAAGACGAUGGAGGAUGUCCACACCAAAGAGAUUGACCUGGUCAACCGGGACCCCAAGCACAUAAACGACGACGUUGUCAAGGUGGACUUUGAGGAUGUGAUCGCUGAGCCCGCAGGGACCUAUAGCUUCGACGGUGUGUGGAAAGCCAGCUUCACCACCUUCACCGUCACCAAGUACUGGUGCUACCGACUGCUGACGGCGCUGGUCGGCAUCCCCCUGGCGCUGAUCUGGGGUAUCUUCUUCGCCAUCCUGUCCUUCCUGCACAUCUGGGCCGUGGUGCCGUGCGUCAAGAGCUACCUGAUCGAGAUCCACUGUGUCAGCAGGGUCUACUCCAUCUGCGUGCACACCUUCUGCGACCCGUUGUUCGAGGCCAUGGGCAAGUGCCUCAGCAGCAUCCGAGUCCGCCUGUCCAAGGACGUGUAACGUUCCAAAAACAAGAGGAGGAGGAGGAUUAACGGAAAGAGGGGGAGGAUGGGAGGGCUGGAGAAACACAGAUGGAGGGAAAAGAGAAGAAAAAAAUAGUAAGACCUCUGGAAAACAAGAGGUGAGACUUUUCCAGAGCUGGGCAGGGGGGAUGUUUUGAGGGGAAGAGGCGCGGUCACAUGGCACCUGGCACCGCCCUUUCCCGCCAACUGUUUUUUCUCACCAGUGUUGGCGUAACCAAAUGGGUGGGCACAAGAAAUUAAAGGGUCAUCCUACGGGGUUUUUGUUUUUUGUUCCAUAGUUUUUUUUAAUUCCUCACUGUUAACUUUGUCAAGCAGGCAACCAGGCUCCUUGUGUGUUUUCUGUUAGUUUUAUCACAUGAUGUUAAUUCCUUCCAUUCUAACUGGUUCUGUGAGGAGCUGAUCACUCUGAUUGAUUCAUGUGAAGAGGGGAUGCCGCAGUGUAUCACUGUCUCCUCCUGCGCUUGUGUGUAUUUGCUUUGAAGCCUCUGGACAGGGCAGGAUCACAGUGGGGUCAGAGCAGAGAGAAAAAAAGGUUGCUGCCAAAUUCUAUCCGACUCAGCAAAAACAAAACAAACCUCCACAAGCUGAACAGCACAGCAGUGCCCCUCCCUUUGGCCCCACACGACCUCCAACCCAGCUAAAAACAACUUCCCCUCCCCCCACCUGCCCCUGCCCUCGCCCAGCUUUCCAGCAGUCUGACACACUGAACCUGCCCUCGUUCCUGCAUGCACCUGCGUCACCUUGCCCGCAAAACGCGCCGUCCACACCUGCCACGCCACCUGACGAUGCAGGAAAUGCUUUUGCAUCUCAGCUCGCUCCACGCUCAGCACCCGCUUCUUGCCUUCGCCGCCAGCUCCCGACAAAACUUUUCCAGCGCCGGCUUCAUCAUCACCAUCAUCCUCAUAACUGCAUGAGUGUGUGACAGAGAAUGUUAGAAUUAAAAUUUGUUUUUUUUACUCUGAGUUCAACCUUUUCAUAUUUCAGUGAAGCUCAAUGCUUUUUAAAUGCACAUCAUUAUAGCUCCACAGUGAAUGCUAUUUUUUUCCUACACUUUGCAAAUGAAGAACUUUCAGGGGUUAGUUUCACUGCCAUUGUUUUGAUAUCCUACAUGUACUGUAUGGGUGUUUAUGCCGAAAAUAAGACUUUACGAGCCUCAUUCCAGUGCACUAAUCUAUGGGAAAGUAUUGUAAGUGAAUAGCACUAAUGAAUAUCUCCUCUCUUUACAACUCAUUUGCAAAGCUAGUGGAGUAGUAACUUUUGCACACUUGACACUUACGACGUGCAGUCACGAGUGUGCAUGGAGGUUUUUCUUAAGCACUGUGGUACUUGCGCAGGUUAAUGCAUUGGAAUAAAGACAAUGUGAGGUGGACUGGUGACUCUGGAUGAAUUUUUUGUUUGUUAUCUGGUCAUGAUUUUUCGACCCGCCCCAAUUGUUUUUUUUUUUGUCCUCUCAAUUCCUGUUUUGUUUUCAAUCACCCUGACAAGUUUGUUCCGCUACCCCUACUUCUUGACUGUGGACACGAUGCUGAAAAGCAUCAAACUGGCGCCUCCCACCCCAGGGAUGGAUAUGGUUGGGGUGGGGGGUUAAGUUUUAUAGAGACAUUAAGCUCGCUUUGACUCCGUCACCUUCAGUCUACCUGCUGUCUUCACACAGGGAUGGUAAUAUCAUAGCACCUGUUUCUUGAAAUGAGUCUUUUAAGCUCAAAAGGUGAUAUUUUUUAUAAAAAAUGAUUUUUUUCCUUCUUUGCUUUUACUGUAUAAUGUAACGCUGUGCACAUUAAAAUUUAAUAUAAUCCAA